UACCUCCUUGAGUUCAGAGGUUAGCUUGUUUGAUAACUUAUGCUAUAGAUGAAAGCGUUUUUUUUUGCAGGUUUCUACUCAGUAGUUCAUGCUUAUUAAAAAGUAUAACAACAGUAUCACACAGGUGGACUGUCGCCGAUGUAUUUAGUCUGUUAUCAACCUUAAGGCAUGCAUGUUUUGCGGCAACCAGUUGAACAUGAUGACAUUAGCCUUGUAGCUUCGUCCAGUAAUUAGCUAGCUUGGUACUAAGUGGUCAUUCGUAAAUGACAUAUUUUUAAAGCUGACCUUAGCUGGCAGUGGGUGUAAAAGCGCUGUAUCAGAAUUAGAGUUAUGGCAUCAGUCAGGCUUCUCUGUUUGUUCAAUGGGAGGGCUGCAGGCUGGAGCAAAACAUUAGCCCGAACUGGCUGGAGAAAUGUCUGCAGUUCACCUUCAAGGCUGCAGAGCAUGUCAGCCUGGGUCAUUGACCAGUAUGGCUCUAGUGGAGUUUUGAGGCACACAGAAGAAAUCCCUAUCCCGACUGUUAAUUUUGCACAUGAUGUGAUGAUAAACGUCAGGGCGGCCAGUCUCAACCCUCUUGAUCUGAAUAUGAGGGGGGGUUACGGGGCUACAUUGCUUAACUUAAGGAGAGAUCCUUUGUCUGUGGUUAACAGCUUUAGUGAGUUUCCACUCAUUCUUGGCCGUGAUCUGUCAGGUGUAGUAGUGGACUGUGGGUCUGGGGUGACCCACUUUGCUCCAGGAGAUGAGGUGUGGGCUGCUAUUCCACCAUGGAAACAAGGCAGCCUGGCAGAAUAUGUGACUCUAACAGAGUAUGAGGUUUCCUACAAGCCAAAAUCACUGAGUCACAUAGAGGCUGCAUCCAUCCCCUAUGUAGCCAACACGGCCCUCUCUGCGCUUGUGAAUGCAGGUGGUCUUUGCAGGGAAAACUCCUUGAAUAAAAGAGUUUUGAUCACUGGAGCAUCCGGAGGUGUCGGAACGUUCUCAAUUCAAUUAUUAAAAGCUUGGGGUGCCCAUGUGACCGUUACCUGCUCUCAGAAUGCCGAAGGCCUCGUCAGAGGUCUUGGAGCCGAUGAGGUGGUUGACUACACUGCAGGAGAUGUGGCUGACCAACUGGACAUGAUGGAGAGGUUUGACGUUAUUUUGGACAAUGUGGGAGGAGAUACGGAGGAAUGGGCCAUGCGCCUGUUGAAGCCCUGGUCAGGGGCAAAGUUUGUAACGCUGGUGUCACCUUUAAUCCUCAACACUGACUCCAUGGGGCUGCUAGAUGGAUCACUUCACACUGGGCUGACCCUGCACAACAAAGCUUUUCAGAACAUAACCUCCAGCGGAGUUUUCUACAGGUGGGCAUUUUAUGCUCCUGACGGUCCCACCUUGGAUGAAGUCAGCCGGCUGGUGGAUGCAGGGAAGAUCCUGCCGGUUGUGGAGGCCCAGUUUCCGUUUAGCCAGGUGCCUCAAGCAUUCCAGAAGCUGGAGCAAGGUCACGCCAGGGGGAAGACUGUAGUUGAGGUGGCUAAAGACGAUGAGUACAUGGAGGCCACGGAGUCUGAGCAAAAAGUGCAAGAAACACUGCAGCAAAAUUGAAGAUGGGAAAUUGCCAAGAGAAUCCCUCGUGCACUUCUUUGACCUUUCACAAUGCUACAAUUCACAGCAACAGACUGUGAACUCCAAAUGCGAAAGGUCAUGAGCAGAAGAAAAGGGAGAAAGCCAAAUGAUGUUUUUCUUACAGCGCUCACCUUUCUGCGCCAUUUUAUAUUUAUAAACGGUGUUUAAAUUAUGCUGUGUUCAUGCUUUAUUGAAAUUAAAAUACAUUUAAAAUGGUGACAUUUCUCAGUAAAAGGUUUCUCAGUAAAAGACUUGAAUUUG